GCUCCCGCGCACAGGGGCCCGGCCCCUCCCCCGGGAAGGUGUGUCCCUGUUUCCUCACCUGAAACUUCCUAGGAGGACCCGAUCCCUCCCUCCCGUCGGGCGGGCCGCGGGUGCGGCGGCUGGGGCGGCCGGGCCUGCGCUGGGCACUGCGGCCGGCGCCUGGCACCUGGAGGGGACUCCUGGGCCGAAGCAGCAUGUGACACCGGCCAGGAUUCAGCUCUGAUGGAGGCUGAAGAGCCCCGACAUAGAGCCUCCACUGCCAUCGCUGCCGUAGCGGAAUUCAGCACCGUCCCUGCAGCGCCCAUGCGGGGCAGCCAGAUCCCUGCCUUGGGGCCUGACGCUCAAGAAGGCGAGGAUCUGUCCCACACGUGGAGAGAGGAACACGGACUCCUGAUGACCCAGCAGAGAGAGUCAGGGGACGUGCGUGACUAUGCAGUUGAGAAUGUGCCUUCUUUCCCAAAGGAAAGUUCUGCAGGUAUAGAGACCAACCAGGAAAACCUUGUGGCUGAGGCCUGCGACCCUCUAGAGCACCGAGACGCAGUGCCCCAGAGCCUGGCAGACACACGAGCAAGGACAAUAGAUCCCCCAGAGCUCGGGGCCUGCCCCUUCCAGGGUGAAUAUCCAGGCAUGGUCUCAAUAUCCAAUGAACUGGGCAGCGGAGCGGAGGUGGAAUUUCAGCUGGAACUCACUUCUCCAGCAUUGGGGUCUAGACAGGCAGAAGAGAAGGAGGAAACCUCUCUAGAUACCUCUGCUCCAACCAGAUUUUGGCCUUCCUGCGAAGAGCACCCUGCGGGGACCAACCAGAUUGGGAGCUCUGAAAAUGGAACUGCCAGGCAGGAAGAGCUGCAGUCCUGGGAGAUGCAGGAAAGUCAGGAGCCAGAAGGGCUCUGGCAUCCCUGGGAGGCCCAGGGACAGGAGGGGCAGGGACAGCAGGAAGUGGGGGAGGAUGUUUGUGCCGAUGGCCUUUGGGGGCAGCAGGUACAGGGGAUAGAGCAAGUUGAUGGUGUAGAGGGAGAACAGAGGCAAAGGCAGGAACAGGUACAAGACGAUGUGCUGCCUGGGAGACCAGGAGAAAGGGAGGGGCUCCAUGGGGAACUAGAGGGCCUGAGGGGUGGUGCAUGGGGUCAAGAAGAUGUGGAGAGGAGCACGCAGGGUCAGCAAGGUCAAGAACAGGGGGAACCGAGGAAGAGGGAGUCAAGGGGGCUGGAAGAGAGUAGGGUAGACUCUCAGGAUGAGGAGAGUCAGAGCUUAGUGGGGACAUCAGAGGAAAUAACAAAGCGAGGAGAUCAGGGUCUAAAGGGGAAAGUGUUGCCAGCAGUGGGGCUGGAGGAGGAGCCAGGGAGUUGGGACGGCGGCACGCUGAGGGGAGCAGAAGAAGAGGGGGUCACAGAUGAGGAGAAAGAGCAUCAUGGGCCUUCAACACUGGCUCCAGUAGCCCCUGAGCUCUCUUGUCCCAGGGACUUGUUUCCAGAUGCCUCACAUCCCAUGACCCAGAUUCCUGAGACUCAGACAGAGCCCAGGGCUGAGGAACUGUCCCCCUUAGCUCUGACUCCUACACUGCAGCCCAUAGGAUGUUCCCACCAGCUCAUUUCUCUGCCUGGCUCCUUUCCUACGUGGGAGUCACCUGACGAUGAAACCACUGAAGACAGCCAGCAAGAGGGACCCAAGCUGAGGAAGAGUACAGUGUCCAGCCAGGAGCCUGAGGUGGUCUCUGCCAAUACAUCUGUGACUCCUCCAAGGACACCGGAUUCCACUCCUUCCAGCCCUGCUGAAGUCUCCCCCGUCACACCUGCCUUGUUACCUGCCAGCCCCCCACCUGCCUUUCCGAGGAGGGAGACCUCUCCUGCUGCACAUUCUCCAGAAGGCUCCAGAGCCUCUCUCUUAAUGGACACCCCUUCUCCCUGUGGGACUUCCCAGACUCUCCCAGCCUCCCUCUGUGGCAUCCCCUCUGCAGAGGCCACCAUGGACCCAUGUGCCAGCUCCGACGGGGCCAGCCCUCAUGGCCCUGUAGCCAACUGCAGAGGGACUGUCCAGCACCUAAGGAGCAACUCCUUCCCGGGCUCCCACAGGACAGUGCAGACUCCAGAUCUGAUGGGAACAUCACUUUCCUUCUCCCACUCGGAGUUGCCCCAGAGGCCCCCCAAACCUGCCAUCUACGGCUCUAUGAUCCCAAGAAGGGACAGGAGGAGUGGAAGGGACUGCAGCAUCAUUCUGGAAUCCCCUACUGCAUUAUCUAUUCCAAAGCAGGACUCUCAAGAAUUCACCUCAAGUGCAGAGCAGCCCAGUGGUCCUCAUGGCAGCCGGCUGUGGGGCUCCCCACUGAAUUCAGACUUGGCCGUAGGGUCUCCUGCCUUUGGUUCUUCCCCACCCUUUGUCUCCAUGGAUAUGAGGAGCAAAGACCCCCUGCCCCCUCCUCCCCUAGAGAAGAGGCACGUACCCCCCUCCAUGGUGGAGACAGAUGGCCAUCCUCGUGCCGUGGUCCCCACCCUGAAACGGCAUAGCCAUCCUCCUCCAUUGGCCCUAGGUUUGAGGCUCCAUGGCCCCCCUAAAGGCCCACUCCCCCAAGUUCCUGACCCUCUUGUGGCAAGGCAGCACCGACCUCUGCCAUCUACCCCAGACAGCCCCCACCACACUCAGACCUCUUUCUCACCCAGGCUGAGGUACAACAAGCCAUUACCCCCAACUCCUGACAUGCCCCAACCCCACCAUCCUCCCAUUCCUCCUCCUAAUAUCUCAAGGAUCUACAGACCUCUACCCCCCUUGCCCAUCAUGGAUCCUCCCACCGAGCCACCCCCACUGCCCCCGAAGUCCAGGAGCAGGAGCAGGACCAUUCAGGGAGGACUGAUGAACUCAGGAGGUCAAGCCAAAGUGAGACCUGUUUGUCAAGACUGGACGGUCUCCACUGCCCCCUCUGCUGGACGUACCUCCUGGCCCCCAGCCACAGGCAGAUCAACAGAGUCUCUGGCUUCUACCAGCAGGAGUAAGAGUGAGGUGUCCCCUGGCUUGGCUUUCAGCAACAUGACAAAUCUUCUGGAUCCCUCUUCCCCUACCACUCCCUGGACUCAGGAGUUCCAGGGACCCACCACUAAGGAUAAACCAGAGCUCUCAGAAGAGUCUGAGGCCCCUGCAAGAGAAACUUUAAGAAUAGCCCCUCAGGAAGGAGCCGAUGGCCCAAGGAGACCAGCACUAGGCCAAGCAAGGCAACCAGGAAAGCCCAGCCAUCCCCAGCUGGAGAAGGCGUCCAGCUGGCCCCACCGCCGGGACCCAGGGAGACAACCUGCAGGCAGCAGUGGGCAGGUCGUUGUGGUGCCUGGCGAGGGGUCCAGCAAGCACAAGGGCUGGAACCGGCAGGGCCUGCGUAGACCUUCUGUCCUGCCCGAAGGCUCUUCAGAUUCACAGGGUCCAGCCGUGGAAAAAUCCCCAAAUCCCUCAGAUGCUAUUGUCUUUCGUGAGAAAAAACCAAAGGAGGCGACAGGAGGCUUUUCAAGACGCUGCUCCAAACUCAUCAACUCCUCCCAGCUGCUCUACCAGGAGUACAGCGAUGUGGUCCUCAACAAGGAGAUUCAGAGCCAGCAGCGGCUGGACAGCCUGGCAGAGGCGCCCGGGCUCAGCUCGCCCCGGCAGCCUCGCAAGACCCUGGCGUACUCCGAGUCAUACCUGCAGCGCCUGUCAGCGGCCUCCAGCGGCUCCCUCUGGCAGGAGAUCCCGGUGGUCCGCAACAGCACCGUGCUGCUCUCCAUGACCCACGAAGACCAAAAACUGCAAGAGGCCAAAUUUGAGCUGAUUGUGUCUGAGGCCUCGUACCUGCGCAGUCUGCACAUAGCUGUGGAUCAUUUCCAACUGUCUGCCCCACUCCGGGCCACCCUUACCAACCAGGAGCACCAGUGGCUCUUCUCUCGUUUGCAGGAUGUGCGAGACGUCAGCACCACGUUUCUCUCAGACCUGGAAGAGAACUUUGAGAACAACAUCUUCUCCUUCCAAGUAUGUGACGUCGUCCUGAGCCACGCCUCGGACUUCCGCCGGGUCUACCUGCCUUACGUCACCAACCAGACCUACCAGGAGCGCACCUUCCAAAGCCUACUGAAUAGCAACAGCAGCUUCCGAGAGGUCUUGGAGAAGCUGGAGAGCGACCCCGUCUGCCAGCGCCUAUCCCUCAAGUCCUUUCUGAUUCUGCCUUUCCAGCGCAUCACCCGCCUCAAACUCUUGCUGCAGAACAUUCUGAAGAGAACACAGCCUGGAUCCGCAGAGGAAGCGGAGGCCACGAAGGCGCACCACGCCCUGGAGAAGCUGAUCCGAGACUGCAAUAACAAUGUCCAGAGGAUGCGACGGACGGAGGAGCUAAUCUACUUGAGCCAGAAGAUUGAGUUCGAGUGCAAAAUAUUCCCACUCAUUUCGCAGUCACGCUGGCUGGUGAAGAGUGGGGAGCUGACAGCCCUGGAGUUCAACGUCUCCCCGGGGCUGCGAAGGAAACUGAACACACGCCCAGUCCACCUGCACCUCUUCAAUGACUGUCUGCUGCUGUCACGGCCCCGAGAGGGCAGCCGAUUCCUGGUAUUUGACCAUGCUCCCUUCUCCUCCAUCCGGGGGGAAAAGUGUGAAAUGAAGCUACACGGACCCCACAAAAACCUCUUCCGACUCUUCCUGCGGCACAACGCACAGGGCACCCAGGCCGAGUUCCUCUUCCGCACCGACACUCAAAGUGAAAAGCUUCGAUGGAUCUCAGCCUUGUCCAUGCCAAGAGAGGAGUUGGACCUUCUGGAGUGUUAUGACUCCCCCCAAGUGCAGUGCCUUCGCGCCUACAAACCCAGGGAGAAUGACGAGCUGGCGCUGGAAAAGGCGGACGUGGUGAUGGUGACCCAGCAGAGCAGCGACGGCUGGCUGGAGGGUGUGAGGCUCUCAGACGGGGAGCGAGGCUGGUUUCCCGUGCAACAGGUGGAGUUCAUUUCCAACCCAGAGGUCCGUGCACGGAACCUGAAGGAAGCCCAUCGCAUCAAGACUGCCAAACUGCAGCUGGUGGAACAGCGAGCCUAGCUGUGCUCUGAGAGGAGCUUCCUGAGCUUGAGAACAAGCUGUUGCUGGAGAGGGCUGGCCCCAGAGCCAGCUACAGAGGCCUUUUGUGGACCAAGAACUAGGCCUUCAGAAAGCCCAAGGACAAACUCCAGCUAAUCCAGUCACUCAUCCCAGGCCUCCCUUGUGCUUUGUGCUUGGUGGGGGGAUCUUUAGGGACUUUGCACUGGAUUUUGGGAACCUUUUUUCAUAGGAAAAGGGACCAUUUGGGCCUGAACCGAGGACCUUUCCUUCUACUGCCUUAUAGUGCUUAAACAUCCCUGCUUCCAGAGUGCAGAGUCAGAGCUGGCCAGAGUUUCAGUCGUGGCCACAUGUUAAACAGAAUCUGACCUCAGUCUACUGCAGGGAGAUGUUUAAGAGGGAUUAAUAUCAGAUGGGAGUGUCAACCUGGUGACCUCUAAGGUAUCUUCCAUCCCUAGAGAUUCCCCGUCAUUAUUGGUGUGAAGUUAGUGCCCGCAUCUCUGAGAUCUAUGUCUGUUGGUGGCAAUGUGAGGGUAAUACUCUCUCACUCUAAUAAACUUGGCACUUCUCCGAGU